CUUCCUCAGCUCUGGGCCACUCGACCUCACGGUAUUGCCAAAAUGUCGCUUUCUAACAAGCUGACUUUGGACAAGCUGGACGUGAAGGGGAAGCGGGUCGUGAUGAGAGUGGACUUCAAUGUUCCUAUGAAGAACAACCAGAUAACAAAUAACCAAAGGAUCAAGGCUGUUGUUCCAAGCAUCAAAUUCUGCUUGGACAAUGGAGCCAAGUCGGUUGUCCUUAUGAGCCACCUGGGCCGGCCUGAUGGUGUUCCCAUGCCUGACAAGUACUCCUUAGAGCCAGUUGCUGCAGAACUCAAGUCUCUGCUGGGCAAGGAUGUUCUGUUCUUGAAGGAUUGUGUGGGCCCAGACGUCGAGAAUGCCUGUGCCAACCCAGCGGCUGCUGUCAUCCUGCCGGAGAACCUCCGCUUCCAUGUAGAGGAAGAAGGGAAGGGAAAAGAUGCUUCUGGGAACAAGGUUAAAGCUGAGCCGGCCAAAAUCGAUGCUUUCCGAGCCUCACUGUCCAAGCUAGAUGUUUAUGUCAAUGAUGCUUUGGGGACUGCACACCGAGCCCACAGCUUCAUGGUGGGUGUGAAUCUGCCACAGAAGGCUGGUGGAUUUUUGAUGAAGAAGGAGGUGAACUACUUUGCCAAGACUUUGGAGAGUCCAGAGCGACCCUUCCUGGCUAUCUUGGGAGGAGCUAAAGUUGCAGACAAGAUCCAGCUGAUCAAUAAUAUGCUAGACAAAGUCAAUGAGAUGAUCAUUGGUGGUGGAAUGGCUUUUACCUUCCUUAAGGUGCUCAACAACAUGGAGAUUGGCACAUCUCUGUAUGAUGAAGAAGGAGCCAAGAUUGUCAAAGAUCUCAUGUCCAAAGCUGAGAAGAACGGUGUGAAGAUUACCUUGCCUGUUGACUUUGUCACAGCUGACAAAUUUGAUGAGAAUGCCAAGACUGGCCAAGCAACUGUGGCCUCCGGUAUACCUGCUGGCUGGCUGGGCUUGGACUGUGGUACUGAGAGCAGCAAGAAAUAUGCUGAGGCUGUGGCCCGAGCUAAGCAGAUUGUUUGGAAUGGUCCUGUUGGGGUAUUUGAAUGGGAAGCCUUUGCCAGGGGAACCAAGUCACUCAUGGAUGAGGUGGUGAAAGCCACUUCUAGGGGUUGCAUCACUAUCAUAGGUGGUGCAACCCCUACUUGCUGUGCCAAAUGGAACACAGAGGAUAAAGUCAGCCAUGUGAGCACUGGGGGCGGUGCCAGUCUAGAGCUCCUGGAAGGUAAAGUCCUUCCCGGGGUGGAUGCUCUCAGCAGUGUUUAGUAUUGUUCUGCCUUUGGUUCCUGUGCACAGCCCCUAAGUCA